AUGCAACCCUCGCAGAACCUUGCUCCUCCGUUCCUACUGCCCACACGCUGCCACACCUAUAGUCCAGCCAUGAAGACCAACGUGCACAAGCGGGAAAGCUGA